UCGAAACCUUCAGAGACAGGAGGUGUUAGUUUUUUCUCUCGACCACACUUGUCAGAUCUGAGUCCGCACGGCGCGGGAGAAGCGACCAGGAAGCAGCAGAUUGUAGUUUUCUGAACUGUGGCAGUAAACGAGGAUGUGGUGAUUAUUCCACAGCUGCUCACAACUGAACCGAGGUCGCCCACCAGCGGUUGGACGUGAACAUCGUGUUUCACUUCGGACUCUGACGACGGGACGGAGACUCGGGACCGUUUCCCCCUGCGGAGCUCGGUUCCUCCGGUGGAAUCAGACGUGGAGGACUUCGUUAUUACUUCGACUAAUGAAGAGUUGGACGCGUUAAGAGCGCGGGAACAGUGGGAGUCUCGAGGACGCGACUACAAAGGACAACAAUACACAAACCGCAGAGCUCCAGACUCAGUGGAGCCAGCAACUUGUGAGACGUCCCAGAGCCGCAGCACGACCCCCGUGAGACUCCCAACUUCUCCGUCCGACAGUCGGCAGCCCAGCAGAGCAGACAUCGUGUUGUGUGAUACACGUUCCGCUGUUUUUUAAUUUCACUUUUUAUCACCGCGAUCAUUUUUGCUGCAGCUGUCAAAGGUGGACAAAGUUUGUUCAUUCGGAACAUUCUCGGAUCAAUGCGCCAGAAAAGCGAAUGAAUGAGAGGUGGCCGAUGGAGUAAAACUCUGACUGUACUUGGUUUGAGAAGUCAGCCCGGAGAGGAGUUGGGAGUUGUUGAUGAGAACUGGUCAGUACCUUAUUUCUAAGCCUGUGGACUUGCACCAGUGAGACCUGCUGCAACGUGUCACUUCGACAGAGGUCCCGAUCUCAGCUCCUGCAGCCUGCACCCCCUCCCUCCAUCAGUGGUGGUGACCCAGCUCCGGACAGCUUGCUGCAGGGCCCUUCCUGAGCAGCAGCAGCUGCGUCCUGCUUGCUGACUCCCCUCCCUCCCCUGCUUCCUGUCCUUGGUCAGACAAGGCUAAAGCCUCCUCUCCCCUACCCCACCCAUCAUCUCUGUACCCUCUAACACACAUUCAAGUGCUUUAUUUUGUUGACUACACUCUCACACACCAGUUUAGGCUACUAACACUAUUGGGAGAUCGGCAGCAGGGGACUCAUAGACCUCUCGGUCCCUUUUGAAGUGACCAUCCUACAGAGUUCCUGCCUGUUACCCGCACUACAGCCAUGACCUCCAUGUCCAGUCUUUUUUCCUUCACAAGCCCAGCAGUCAAACGGCUGCUUGGCUGGAAGCAGGGAGACGAGGAGGAGAAAUGGGCAGAAAAGGCUGUGGAUGCGCUUGUGAAGAAGUUGAAGAAAAAGAAAGGUGCCAUGGAGGACCUGGAAAAAGCCCUGAGCUGCCCGGGACAGCCCAGCAAGUGUGUUACCAUUCCAAGAUCAUUGGACGGCCGGCUACAGGUUUCCCAUAGAAAAGGCCUGCCUCACGUCAUCUACUGCCGAGUGUGGCGCUGGCCCGACCUCCAGUCCCACCACGAGCUCAAACCCCUGGAGGUGUGCGAGUACCCGUUUGGUUCCAAACAGAAGGAGGUCUGCAUCAACCCAUAUCACUACAAGCGAGUGGAGAGCCCUGUGCUUCCUCCUGUCCUGGUACCGCGGCACAGCGAGUUCAACCCGCAGCAUAGCUUGCUGGUACAGUUCCGUAACCUCACCCACAAUGAGCCACACAUGCCCCUGAAUGCCACCUUUCCAGAGUCCUUCCAGCAGCCUCACAGUGGGGGCGGCAGCAGCAGCGGUGGUGGAGGUGGAGGAGGCUCUUUCCCCAUCUCUCCCAACUCGCCGUAUCCUCCUUCUCCAGCCAGCAGUGGUACUUAUCCAAAUUCUCCGGCCAGCUCGGGGCCCUCCAGUCCAUUCCAGCUCCCAGCUGACACCCCACCCCCAGCCUACAUGCCCCCUGAUGAGCAGCUGGGCCAGGAGAAUCAGUCCAUGGAAACAAGCAGCAGUGUGGUGCCGCAGAACAUGCCCAGAGGAGAUGUGCAACCAGUUGAGUACGAGGAGCCGAGCCACUGGUGCUCUAUUGUCUACUAUGAGCUCAACAAUCGUGUAGGUGAGGCUUAUCAUGCCUCUUCAACCAGCGUUCUUGUGGAUGGCUUCACUGACCCUUCAAACAACAAGAACCGCUUCUGCCUCGGACUGCUGUCCAACGUCAACCGGAACUCCACAAUCGAAAACACCCGUCGACACAUUGGCAAAGGUGUGCACCUGUACUAUGUGGGAGGGGAGGUUUAUGCAGAGUGCCUCAGUGACACCAGCAUUUUUGUCCAGAGCCGUAACUGUAACUAUCACCACGGUUUCCACCCCACCACUGUUUGCAAGAUCCCCAGUGGAUGUAGCCUCAAGAUUUUCAACAACCAGGAGUUUGCUCAGCUUCUGGCCCAGUCGGUCAACCACGGCUUUGAGGCCGUCUAUGAGCUUACCAAGAUGUGCACCAUUAGGAUGAGCUUUGUCAAGGGCUGGGGAGCUGAGUACCACCGACAGGACGUCACCAGCACCCCCUGCUGGAUCGAAGUGCACCUGCAUGGGCCCCUCCAGUGGCUGGACAAGGUGCUAACACAAAUGGGUUCGCCUCUCAACCCCAUCUCCUCUGUGUCCUAAUGAUGGACCUGAGAGCCCCUUUUUUUACCUUUUUUUCCCCCUCAGUGAUUUAUAAUUUAAGGUGGUCUUAACGGCUGAACUGUUUACACUUACUUUGGGAAGGGAUGAUGAAAUCUGGCUGAAAAUUCAACAGCAGCCAAAAUCCAGUUGUUGAAACUGAGUAACAUUAUAAGCCGAUACCUGGAGAAAGAGAGGAAUAAGGAAAUCCCAAGUAGCAGUAACGAAAUGGACACACUACUGCUUGACAAUGUUACAACACCUGCAAGAAUUGAGGGCUCCGUUGUCAAGCUUGAAUCUGACAAAUGUUAAUUUUUGCAUCAAGUUUUAUUGUUUUUCCUCAAAUGAUUUAUUCUCUGUAUGUGUAGUUUUUAGUGAAGCAGAACUGUUUCACUAGUCUGCCUUGUGUCUGACAGAUGAAUUGGAUUUUUACCGAACUCCUUUCUUACAUUGUCGUCUCGGUGUCAGAUAUUUACGAUUUAAGAUGUAGACACAAUUAUGUUUACCAUUAGGCUCAGAUAUAACAAAUGCUUUCUUUUUUAUAGUCUCUACUGUUAGAAAUGAACACUGAGCUACUGCCUUUUAAGAAAGUUACAUAUGCCAACCUGAUAGUUUUUAUUGUUGGGAGAUCAAUCACUGAACAAGUAUAACAUGCCAUAAGCUAACAACAGUGUGAAUGUUGCAUCUAUUGCAGUAUAAGUAGUCAUUAAUGGUAUAAUCAGACCGUGGACGACAUCAUUAUUACUGAUUCUUGUUUGUACUCUCAAGUUCAAGUAAGAGUGACUGUAUUUUCCAUACUCACUGUAUUAACAAUAUUGUGCACUCGUGGAUUUUUUGGAGGCAUAUUAAAUUUUGGCGUGGGUACCAAGGCAUUAUGUUGAUAGAUAAUUGACUUCAUUAGCUCAAUGAAAUAAACAGGUUAUUUGGUAACAA